UUGAAAGAUAAUUUCUGUAUUUUUAUUUUUCAGAACAUCCUAGCUGAAUCAUCAAGGUCCAAUGGUAAUUUGGUUCGUCAUUCUUCAUCUCCAUAUGUAGUAUAUCCUCCUGAUAAGCCUUUUCUUAAUAGUGAUGUACGACGCUCUCCAAAUAAGCCUACAUUUGCCUAUCCAGAAAGCAACAGCAGAGCCAUAUUUUCCGCUCUGAAGAAUCUUCAAGAAAAGAUUCGACGUUUGGAACUUGAAAGGAUUCAGGCAGAAGAAAGUGUGAAAACUUUGUCUAGAGAAACAAGUGAAUAUAAGAAGGUACUGGAUGAACAGAUACAAGAAAGGGAGAAUUCAAAGAAUGAAGAAUCAAAGCACAAUCAAGAACUGACAUCUCAGUUGUUAGCUGCAGAAAAUAAAUGUAAUCUUUUAGAAAAACAGUUGGAAUACAUGAGAAAUAUGAUAAAGCAUGCUGAAAUGGAGAGGACAUCUGUAUUAGAGAAACAGGUUUCCCUAGAAAGAGAACGACAACAUGAUCAAACACACGUUCAGAGCCAACUUGAAAAAUUGGAUAUUCUUGAACAGGAGUAUAACAAACUUACUACCAUGCAGGCCAUUGCAGAAAAAAAAAUGGAAGAGUUGGAAGCAAAACUCCGUGAAGAAGAACAGGAAAGGAAACGUAUGCAAGUUAAGGCAGCCCAAUUGCAGACUGGUCUAGAAACAAAUAGACUUAUCUUAGAAGAUAAGGUAUCUCCAUAUGUUCCCAGUGCAAGAAAAAUUAAAAAAAAGAAGUCAAAGCCACCAGAAAAGAGAGGUUCUAGGAACUAUUUUCCUGUACAGCCACAUUAUAGACUAUGCUUGGGUGAUAUGCCAUUUGUAGCUGGAAAGUCCACCAGUCCUAGCCAUGCGGUGGUAGCCAAUGUUCAGCAUGUCUUGCAUCUAAUGAAGCAACACAGUAAAGCCUUGUGCAACGAUCGCGUAGUCAACAAUGUUCCUUUGGCAAAGCAAGCAUCUUCACGAAGUGCUAAAAGUAAGAAGCUGCCAGUAACACCUCCCUCCUCCAGCAGUAUUAAUGAAGAGUUGUCAGAAGUCUUGCAGACUUUACAGGAUGAAUUUGGGCAGAUGAGCUUUGAUCACCAGCAGCUAUCAAAACUUAUUCAGGAAUCACCAACUGUUGAACUGAAAGAGGACUUAGAGUGUGAACUGGAAGCAUUAGUGGGAAGGAUGGAGGCAAAAGCCAAUCAAAUAACUAAAGUUCGAAAAUAUCAAGCCCAGCUAGAGAAACAGAAGACAGAGAAGCAAAAAAAGGAAUCAAGAGCCACCAAAAAGCCUCUUGAUGAAGAAGGAAACAGCAGCAGCCGUUCUUCUGGAACCACAGGGACCACAAAUAAGAAGGACUUUGCCAAACUGAGACCUGGAGAAAAAAGCAAGAAAAAUCUUCAGUUAUUGAAGGACAUGCAAACCAUACAGAAUUCAUUGCAAAGCAAUAGUUUGUGUUGGGAUUACUGACUGGUACCAGCUCAUAAAUUUUAUUCAGAUAAUCUGUACCUCAUCAAUUGGAUGUUGACAGUUUAUUUUCCAGGUCUCAUAGUCUCGGCUGUUGGAAUUAAUUAGUAACAGGUGUUAAGGGGCUCAAGUUUUAUAAAGAGGCUUCUUGUGUUAGGAGGUAAGAGUUAAACCAUUUAAAUGGAAGCCAGGGGAUUUUUAAAGGCUGAGAAGCCAUACAUACUCUGCUUCUUUGUUUGAGAUUGAUUUGCUUUACUGAUAUAUUGCACUUUGUAAACAAAUUACCAAUUUUUUUCCUUGUGGUUGUGAUUUUUUAAAAUAGUUUCAUAUAUCUAAAUUUAAAUUAUCAAAAUGUGAGGCUGUCCCAUAGGAAGUGUUUGCUUGAAAAGUCUCAUUUUUAAAUCUUUCCCUGGCGUGAAGUGCCCAUUUUCCUUUUCCAAUACACCAUUAAAUAUACUUUAUUUUGGCUGUUGGUGGAGGUUUUCUAUAUUUAAAUAUUUAUACAUGGUUAAGAGGAUUCAAGUCCUCCAAUGGUAUCUUCUCAGUUGCUAAGUAAAAAGAACUCAUUUCCUUCUCAACAUUUACCCUCCCUAUUGUUUUGGUUUUUUUUAAUCCAAACAUUGAUCAUUAUUAAAUACACUUGUAUUGCUUUUUAAUCCAUUGUUACAAGAAAAAAAAAAAAAGACACAAUCUUUUAAAUCAGCUACCUGUAAAAAUUAUGUAUGAAUUUUAAUUUUUAGUUAAAAGUAUAAACAAAUUGUUAAUGAAGUAAAUGAGAUUUUGGAAUAAAGUGAGAAUGGGAGGGCAAGGGGGUGUUGUGUACAGCAUAUACAUUUCCUAUUAUUUAAGUAAUACCUGUUUGUAAUCAUGCUAUUCAAACAAGGCAUUAUGGGUUUUAAUCCUGAAACUUAAGGAAUCCCUUGGAUAUUUUAUUUACAGUAUGGGUGCAGCAUUAACUGUACACACACAAUUGUGUUAAUAAUGUAAAUCAUAAAUCUGAAUAGAUCAAUAGAUGUUAACUUUUUAUAAAUUUGCCACUGAACUUUAAUAAAGCAGUUUGUUUUAAGGAAACAUUGAAACUUUCCUUAACAGCCUGUUAACAAAGGCUUCAUUUGUUGUACUCUUCAAAAAAAGGCAUUUCCAAAUAUGACAUUAACACAUACUGAGAAACAAGAAUAUAUUGAUAUUUAGUACAUCAUUUACUUUCCAUUCUCGUGCUUAUAUAGACACUAAGCCCAAAGAGAAUCUCAAAGCAUGUGAUAAAAUACGGAGUGCUAGUGAACAUGAUCACAUAUUAAAGGAAUUCCUUUUUAUGCUUCCCCUGGAAUUGAGAACAUAGAUUGAAGCACAUGGAGUUCUAGGAUUAUCUAGACAGCCAGCAUGAAUUGUAGUGGCUCUCUGGACACUAGGUUUCUCAGGCCUCUUAUCAAAUUAAUUUUCUACAGUUGGCGUUCUUAAUUUGGGGUAUUUGUGAAUCUCUUGAAAUUUUAUGUAACCUGUUGCUUACCUGUGUAAUUUUCUGAUAACCAUGUCUGUAGCAUCAUCAGAUUGAUGAGACCCAAGGAAGGUAAGAAUUACUCAUCUGAUGACAUCGCAAGUUUGUCUUGUGUCUCAACCACUAUGACAAUUAUUAAACUUUUACCUCCUUAUUCAUUUGAGUUUCAGGUUAUAACACUGUAUAACUAUCACUUGAAUUGUAGCGGCUGCAAGUCCUCAUUAGAAGAGGGGCUUAAUGGUUGUGAAAUCCACCCCAUCCUUCAGCUAAGAUUCAAACUGAAAUACCCACUGCAGCUUUUGACACCUUCUGGUAAGAAAAAAAAAAUACUGCUUCAGUUUCUGUAUCUCAGAUUUAUAGCCAAAGAAUAGUUACAUUGUCAUCCAUUCAUUUUUGUUGUAGCAGAGCUUUACUGCCAGGCAUUUCAAACACACACUUGUAUCUUCGUAUGUGUAAGAUGCUCACGUGGAUACCAAACUGAGAAGGAAAGGUAUGUUUAUAGGCUUGGUAGUAAACAUGUGAAUUGUUUAUUUCAAUACAGAUGUGAUGAAUGUAGUAGUAAUAGUGUCUGCACAUUGCUGUGAGAGCUCAGAGGAAGAAGGGGAAGCAUGUGGAGAGGAGUGUGGAUAAAUCAAGGAUAACUUCCUGGGGAAAGAGGAGAUGGUGUCUAAACUUUAAAGACAAGGAGCCACAAGGAAGAACUUUGUUCCAGGGAGAUAAGAUAGAGUGAACAAAAGCAGGGAGGUGGGAAAUUGUGAAUAGCUGAGUAAGUAGUAUUACAUAAAAGUUGAGGUACACAGAGAAUAGAGGGGUUGGCAGAAACCAGGUCACAGGAAGCUAAGAAGCUUGGACUUGAUACUACAGGUCUUUAAACUUUGUGCCUCUGAUGAAAAAGAAGAAAGUGUACCUGACAACCAAUAUUUAUAGAUGUAUAUAUGCAGGCAUACCUCGUUUUAUUGCGCUUCACAGAAAAUUGGGUUUUUACAAGUUGGAGGUUUGUGGCAAUCCUGCGUCGAGCAAGUCUGUUGGUGCCAUUUUUCAAACAGCAUGUGCUCACUUUGUGUCUCUGCAUCACAUUUUGAUAAUUCUUGCAAUAUUUCAAAGUUUUUCAUGAUAAUAUCUGUUACGGUGAUGUGAUCAAUAAUCGUUGAUGUUACUGUUGUAAUUGUUUUGGGGCACUAUGAACUGUGGACAUAUAAGAUGGUGAACUUAAUAAACGUGUGUGUUUUGACUGCC